AUGGCCCACCCAGAAACACUGCUGCCGAUGCCGGAUGUUGACGAUCCUGUACAACGCUUUCUCUCCGUUGUCAAAUUCUACCUCAGCGGAUGGCACAUCAAGCCGCCUGGUGUCAAGAAACCCUUGAAUCCUAUCCUCGGCGAGACCUUCACAUGCUACUGGGAGUAUCCAGAUCAGACCAAAGGCUACUACAUAUCCGAACAGACCUCGCAUCAUCCGCCAAAGUCCAGCUAUUUCUUCAUGGCACCUGAGCAUAAUAUCAGGAUAGAUGGAGCACCAAGGGCUACUUUUCAGACUGGCCAGAAACAAGGACUGUUCAAUGCUACUUCCGCAAAGCACACAUCACCCUUGGUUCGCCCACUCGAGGAACAGGAAGAGCGGGAAUCCCAAAAGCUAUGGUAUAAGACAGCGCAAGCUGUGAAAGCGUCCGAUCACGUUGCUGCAACCGAAGAAAAGUCACGCAUAGAGGACAGACAACGAGACGAGACAGCGAACAGACUCGAGCAGGGUAUUGAAUGGCAACCAAGAUACUUCAGGCCAGUAAGAGGUGGUCCAGGGGGCUCGGAGGAGGGAGAAGAAGACCUUGACUGGAUACUAAAUGCCAACAUCGACGGUGCAACACCUGAGAUCAAAGCAAAACAAAUUCUCUUAGUCGCGCCCAUAUUGAGAGGUCAGAAACCAGUAUCAGUCGCACACCCUAACGGUUCAGCCCCUUCUAAAUCUGCCACAUCUCAGCCUCCAGCUCCCAGUGGUGAUUUGAUAGACUUUGGCGACUCUGCACCAUCGACACAACCAGAACCUCCGUCACGGCUGCCAGAUCAGCAUAUUAUAUCAGAAUCCAACCAUGCUCCACCAAGUCUCCAAGAGCCACUUCUGCCCGGGCAUCCAAUCAAGCGAGUGGACACUUUGACUUCUGAGGAAGAUGAAUUUGUUGACGCAAAGACGGCGUGA